GGCAAAAGCAUAAUUAAUCAUCAUCAUUACCUACUUAAUAAAACAAAAAUCAGCAAAUUUAAUUGAUCUUCACUCUUCAGUCAAGUAACAAGUGAAGUAAGAAAAAUAAUGUUGAAAACUCCACAGCCUACUCCUCCAGAUUCAUUGAACCAGGCACAUAUAAGUAACGACGUCAUCGUUUCAAUUCCGACAUUGAGUUUUCCUUCGAAUGAUGAUGAUCCACCACAAAGCCAAAAACAGGAGGAAAAAAUAACAAAAGAAGAUUUGUUGCACAAUGGAGUGCCUCUCUAUCAAGCUGCUCUGGAUGGUGACUGGGAGAAGGCGGAAAUGAUUUUCAAAGUAGAUAACAAGUGGAUGACUGCAAAAAUCACAAAACACGGAGACACAGCUCUUCACAUUGCAGCAGCAGCAAUGCACCUUGAUUUUGUAAAAAAACUGGCACGCCGUAUGCAUGAUAACAAUGUUGAUCUAACUUCAACUAACAUACAUAACAAUACGGCCUUUUGCAAUGCUGCAGCAUCCGGAAAUGUUGAGAUUGCAGAGGUGAUGGUGGGGUAUAAUGAAGAGCUACCAAAUAUUAGAGGUGCUGGAAAAAAAAAAUUGACUCCUCUUCAUAUGGCGAUUGUUUAUGGGAAAAGAGAGAUGGUGAAGUACCUUAAGAAGGUAACAGAUCACAAAAGGCUGACAGAUAAGGAUCGUAUUCAGCUGCUUACCAGUGCCAUAGAAGCUGGUUUGUAUGAUACAGCACUUUAUUUCAUACAGCAGUAUCCAGAGUUGGCACUCGAGAGGAACUCAAAGGAUGAGACUGUGCUGCACACCCUUGCUGCUCAAAGGCCUAUACGGAACAGCACUCACGACCAAAAUCCAUUGGGGAAACUUCUGGAAAGAUGGAUGAACGUGCGUAAUGAAGAAAGAAAGCAGGAGCAGGCAGAUGCACAGGAUGCAAUUAAAGUGACGGAGAUAGCCUGGAAAAAAGUCAUCGAAGAAGAUGAAGAUAUGGUCUCAGAUCUUGUUAAUAGACCAUGGCGACUAUUGUUUGUCGCGGCCAAAAUGGGGAAUGCUGACUUCCUAAGAACACUAAUUUAUAUUUAUCCUGAUGUAAUUUGGAAAGUUGAUGAAAAAAAUAGAACUAUAUUUCAUAUUGCUGUUGAAUAUCGACACGAGGAGAUCUUCAAGCUCAUACAUGAGUUUGGAAGCAUAAAAGAUCUCAUUGCUAGUUACAGGGAUCAGGAAGAAAAUAACAUGCUGCAUUUAGCUGCUAAGUUGGCACCUGCUGAUAGACUCAACUGCGUCUCAGGUGCGGCUUUACAAAUGCAACGAGAAUUAUUGUGGUUUGAGGCUGUCAAGAAAGUUGUCCAACCCCAAUAUGCUUCAGCUAAAAAUUACGUAAAAAAGAUCGCCCAAGAUGACAAGAACAGAGGUGAGUCUAUAAAGAAUGAGAAUAGAAGCGAAUCCACCCAAAACAAUGUAUCUGAACAUGAUGAGGAUACUAGUCAAUUGAGAAUGACCCCCCAAGCUUUAUUUACUAAAGAGCACGAGGACCUACGGUUAUCUGGAGAAGCGUGGAUGAAGAAAACAGCAGAAUCAUGUACUCUAGUGGCAACACUCAUUACAACGGUAAUUUUUACAGCGGCUUUCACCUUACCCGGUGGUAAUAAUCAAAAUAACGGAUCUCCAAUUUUGUUAAAUCAAGUAUGUUUCAAGGUCUUUGCAAUAUUCAAUGCAGUUGCAUUGUUUGCUUCCUCUACUUCCAUCAUCUUGUUUCUGUCAAUCCUGACAUCGCGAUAUGCAGAAAAAGACUUUCUUGAGGUACUGCCUUGCAAACUUAUGGCUGGCCUAACAUUUUUAUUCGUCUCCAUAGCAUCUAUGAUGGCUGCUUCCACUGCUACAUUCUUCAUCACCUUUCUACACAAUCCGAUAUGGAUUCCAGCACCUUUACCUGUACUAGCAGCUGUCCCAGUUGUGCUAUUUCUUCACCAGCAAUCUCCUCUUUUGUGGGAUAUAUAUAGUUCAAAAAAUAAAUCAUGGACAUUGAUUCAGCCAAGUGACAAUCGAACGCUUUUCUGGAGUAGUAAAAGUCCGAAAAUAAUGAAUAACAAGGAGGAGAAAACAUGUUAUUUCAAUUGGAGAAGACUGCAUAAUAAGUUGGAGUAGAUUUCAUGGUGUUGCAUCUUUGUCUGCUGUUCCAUUUUUCUUUAGAAAUGUUGCAUUUUUUAUCCUAAACUUUAUUUUUUUUCGUUUAGAUUUUUGCAAAAUUAUUAAUGUGUCUAGAAACUUUAUACUUUAAUUUUUUAAUUAUUAUAAUGGACUUUUAAAUUACAUUUUUCAUGAGACUUCUAUAUUUAAUUUCAAUUACCCUCAUUAA